AUGCUUUUGUUUUGUGAUCAGGAAAGAAUAGCAUUGCCUGUUUUGUUGGAGCAAGCGACUAACUACAUAAAAGGACUGAAGGAAAGCAUUCAAGAACUGCAUAGAAGGAAGGAACAACUCACGGGUGGUGAUCAGAAUGAGCAUAGCUUGGAAGCCUUGCCGAUGUUACCGGUACUUGCAGUUGAAGAAAUUGGAUCAACUUUGGAGGUGAAAUUGAUUACUGGUUUGAACAGAAAUUUCAUGUUGCAUGAAGUUCUAGCUGUUCUCGAAGAAGAAUGUGCUGAAGUUUUGAGUGCAAACUACACUACUAAGGGUGACAAGAUCUUAUAUACCAUCCAUUCACAGGCUAUUUUGCCAAGAAUUGGCAUAGAAACUUCACGAGUGCAAGAAAAAUUAGAGAAACUUGUCUUCUGA